GUGGGACUCCAGCUCCGCAGGAGAGGCAGGCAGGGAGGGACGGAGGGAGCUGCUCCUCGCUGCUCUCUCCUCCCUUUGAGCUUCCUAGCGCUCUGCCUGUGUGGAGGCCUGAGGCAUGGGGACCGGGCGAUGGGCGCUCUCCGCCUUCCUGGGAUGCUGCGCCUGGAUUCUGCACGGGCUUGGGGCUGUUGCUGCUGUCCCCGUCGCUACCGAUGGGUCCCUCACUGUGGGGACAGCUUUCCCCACCACAGCAGAGGACGAGUGGCCCCUUACUACCCUCACUACAGAGAUGAGCACCACAGCAGCUGACGCUGAGACCUUCCCUCCCUGGGCUGAGAUGGAGCCAGUGACAGCCACGAGCGGAAACGGCUCCUCAGUGCCAGCCUCGGUGAAUGGGACCAAGGCCCCUAACACAGCUCACAGUACUGAGGGAAAUUCAGCUGCUCCCAACACAGCCACGGCUGCUGCUGCCAUCACCGCACAGCACCCCGCUGUCACCCCAGAAGCAGUGCACGAUGAACUAGAGGUCGCUCCUGAUGUCCCUCUGGGGACCACGCCUGUCCUUGAGGAUGUCAGGGAGGAUGUCCUUGCAAACAGAGAAGACACAGACCUCAGUACUGGCCCUCCAUCCUUCCACACCACCCCUGCGCUGGCUGUCACCUGGGUGCCAGAGCCAACUGCUGGGGUCACUGUGCUGCUGAGCCAAGGGCUGACCACAGCCAAGGGAGCAGUGGAGGAAGGUGUAAUCCUGCCUGAAGCUACUCAGAGUGAAGCCAGUGCCAGCUCCUCGGGCCCCAGUCCUGAUGCCGGGGAGCUGUUUCCAACCCAGGGUGGAGCAGUGAGUGGGGCUGAGGGAAUUAACCCAGAGCCAGCAGGAGAAAUGGCCCCAGCUGUUGAGGAAAGUCCUUUGGCUGCGGGAUCUGGAGAUGCAAUAAACGAUGAAUUCAGCACAGCCAGUUCAUCCCAUCUACCUCUGGAGAGCCCAGUGAUGUCAGGAACAGUGGAAAACCCUGAGAAGUCCUCCCUCCUCCCUGGCCAGGCACUGAGCCCAGACAUUUCACUGACACCAUCCAACGGUGGGGAUGGGGAUGGGCAGGGAGUUCCCGGGGUGUCAUCAGAGGCUUCUGCUUCAGACUUGUCAGCUGCAGCCAGCGAGGCACCAGCAGCACCUGAGGAAACAGAGGACACUGCCACCUCACUGCCGGCCCCAGGGGUCCACACUGAGGCACAGAGUGACACGAAUCUGCCGGUCUCAGCCACUGCGCUGCCUGCAGGGGAUGUGGGAGCCGUGGAUUUGGCCAGCCCAUCCCUCCAGCCUACUCCAUGGCAGACCCCCACCGAAGAACAGACACUGCUGCGUCCUGAUGCUCUGACAUCCCCCACAGACACCUCCAGUGCUCCCAGGGCUGCUUUCCCAGCCCCAGAGGCUGGAGCCAGCACCCUGCCCGAAGCUGAUGGUGCAGCAGAGACACCAGCAAGCCCUGACCUCACCACUGGCCCGGAAGCAGCUGUGUCUCCAUCUCUCGGGGAGUCACAGCCAGCGGGGAUCCCGGCUGGAGCUCCCCAGGAAGCCGAUGGACUUGGCGCUGGCUCGAGUUCAGAUCCAGAUGCUCCCGGCCCAGCACCUUUUGUACCCGAUGGACUGGCGUGGCCCACUGCUGGGAUCCAGGGUCAGGGAGCUGAGGGGGUAGGGGACACGGCACAGGCAGGAGGUCCAGGGGAUGCCAGUCCCUAUGAAGAUACCCAGAGUGACAUGAGUCCUCCAGCCCUUCAGCCCUCAGUAUCUCCAGGUGGAGAUAAUGGAGAGCUGCUGACUGGAGGAACAGAAGACUUGGCAGAUGCUGAACUGUCCCCUCCACCAGCACUUGGGGAUGGAACAGAAGGAGGAGCCCCAGCACUGGGACAAGUAUUCUCACCUAGUCCUGCACCUCCCAGCAAUGCUGGAAUGAAGCCUGAUCUCUCGGGGCCUGAAGGACCAGGAGAGCUGCCCAGUGAAUCUGCCAGUGCUCCAGGGGCUAUUUCCCCACCCCUGGGAUCUGUGGCCGGCCCUGUGUCUGAGGCAGAGACACCAGUGAGCCCUGAGCUCAGUGCUGCCCAGGGAGCACCUGGGUCUCCAUCGCCUGAUGGGUCCCAGCCAUGGGGAACAGCAGCUGGUGCUCCCACGGGAGCAGGUCUCCCUGGGGCCGAAGGGUCAGACACAGCUUCAGCUUGGGACACCCCCAGCUCAGCAGCUGAUGAACCGAUAGGACCCCCAUCACCUGGCCUUGGGGACCAGCCUGGCACAAAUGUGGGGCUGCCAGCAGCAGAGGGACAAGGAGCCAGCACGGCAGAGCCAGCAGUGGAAGGAGCAGGCAGCGGGAUUGAGUCUGAGCCAUCCCUGAGCUCCACUGCAGGGAAUGGAAUAGCAGCUGGGGUGGAUCAACUGCCCAGUGCUGGUUCCCCAUCUGAUAUUGCCUCUCCCAGUGAUGUGGUGGCACCUCCUGUGUCAAGGGGUGAUGAAGCAGGACCCAUCUCAUCUGCAGUCCCUGGCCCCGACAGUCUGUCCCCGGCCUCUCCAGAGGGUGAAACUGGCCCGGGGUUUGGUGUGGUGCAGGGGGCUGAGAGUGCAGGGAAUGUGGCACAGGCAGGAAACCCAGAGAGUGAAAAUCCCAACAUGGAGACAAGUCCUUCAGCUGUCAGCCCUCAGCAGGACCUCACUAACACCGGAGAGCUGCAAGCAGAAGAAACAGGGACUAUGGCAAAUGCUGAACUUUCCCCUCCAUCAGCACUUGGGGAUGGAACAGGAACAGGAGGAGCCCCAGCACUGGGACAAGUGUCCUUGCCUAGUCCUGCACCUCCCAGCAAUGCUGGAAUGAAGCCUGAUCUCUCGGGGCCUGAAGAACCAGGAGAUCUGCCCAGUGAAUCUGCCAGUGCUCCAGGGGCUGUUUCCCCACCCCUGGGAUCUGUGGCCGGCCCUGUGUCUGAGGCAGAGACACCAGUGAGCCCUGAGCUCAGUGCUGCCCAGGGAGCACCUGGGUCUCCAUCCCCUGAUGGGUCCCAGCCAUGGGGAACAGCAGCUGGUGCUCCCACGGGAGCAGGUCUCCCUGGGGCUGAAGGAACAGACUCGACUUCAGCUUGGGACACCCCCAGCUCAGCAGCUGAUGAACCGAUAGGAUCCCCAUCACCUGGCCUUGGGGACCAGCCUGGCACAAAUGUGGGGCUGCCAGCAGCAGAGGGACAAGGAGCCAGCACGGCAGAGCCAGCACUGGAGGGAGCAGGCAGCGGGAUUGAGUCUGAGCCAUCCCUGAGCUCCACUGAAGGGAAUGGAAUAGCAGCUGGGGUGGAUCAACUGCCCAGUGCUGGUUCCCCAUCUGAUAUUGCCUCUCCCAGUGAUGUGGUGGCACCUCCUGUGUCAAGGGGUGAUGAAGCAGGACCCAUCUCAUCUGCAGUCCCUGGCCCCGACAGUCUGUCCCCGGCCUCUCCAGAGGGUGAAACUGGCCCGGGGUUUGGUGUGGUGCAGGGGGCUGAGAGUGCAGGGAAUGUGGCACAGGCAGGAAACCCAGAGAGUGAAAAUCUCAACAUGGAGACAAGUCCUUCAGCUGUCAGCCCUCAGCAGGGUGAACUGCCUGGUGCAGGUUCCUCAUCUGGUUCAGCCUCUCCCAGCGGUGAUUUUGCAGCACCCUCUGUUUCAGAUCCAUCCAGCCUGGGUGCACUCAAAGGAGCAGACAGUGCUGCUGAAGGCCUUCAGCCCUCCCUGGGUGCUGGCACUGGGGGACAAGGAGCAAGUGAAGGGGCUGGUGAUGGAGGGUCCACAGGGCAGCCCCAGGCUCCUGCUGGAAUGGGACCAGCUGGUUCAGAAACUCCUGAUGGAGAAACGGGAGGUGUGUUGCAGUCUGCAUCUUCUUCCUUGUCUGCAGAAGGAUCUUCAUUACCUGGGAGGACGGGCGAGGCUGCUGGUGAAACCAGCCUUCCCGGAGCUGCUGCAGCUGCUGGUGGCUUGAACACAGGCUUGGAGGCUGCUGGCUCUCAAGAAACCUCCGGGCCUGUCCCUGGCACCCAAAGUGGUGCCAAUACUGAACUUUCUGAUGGAAAGCUGAGCCAAGUCCCUGUGGCGGAGGUGCCUGGAGGAGACUCGGUGAAUGCAGGAGCUUCCCCUGGUGCCAGCCUGGUCCCAGUGGCUCCAGACAACAGCGGCGUUUCCAACGGCAUGGCCACCUCGGCGGCUGCUUCUCUGCUUCUCCCUGGACACGGGCUGAGCUCGGGGCUGGCACCCAGUGGGGGCCCUGACUCUGUACCAAGCACCCAGAGUGGGAGCAGCCCCCUGCUGCCAGGGUCAUCAGGUGGGCUGCCAGAAGAAGCUGGAGGUGCUCAGUCGUGGUCUGUCGAAGAUGAGGUGGCCUCGGGCAUGCCGGCACCUUUGGGAGAAGCGUUCCCCCACGCUCCCGUAUCCCCCAACGCUGCCCCGGUGCUGCCUUCUGCUCUCCAGAGAGGAAAUUCUGCCGAGGGGGUGUCUGCCAGCCCGGGGCUUUCGGCAAUUCCAUCUGUGCCCCUCUAUGGGUAUGGAGCAAGGGAAAAUGAUCAGGAGUACGUGGAAAGGAGAGUGGAUUUUAAUUCUCCACUUUUCAAGCCCGAGAUCGGAUUCCCAUUUGGGAAAAGCCUGCGCAGCUCUCUCUACUUUACAGACAAUGGACAGAUCAUUUUCCCAGCCUCGGACAGCAGUGCCCUCACGUACCCCAACCCUCCUCCCAAUGGCUUCAAUGGCCAUGAAGAGGUCCCCAUGAUCGCUGUGUUUUGGGACAACGCCGACUUCUCCAGAGGUGUUGGCACCACCUUUUACCAGGAGUUCUCCACCCUCAACACGGCCAAGCCGCCGUUCGUCCGGGACGUGGAAGCAAAGGUCCGGCGGUACCUGAGGUCCUCCUACUCUGCAGCCUGGACCCUGAAAAUCACCUGGGAGAAGGCACCAGUCUACGCAGCACGGACUGACACCCGGAAGACAAUCACAUACCAGGCUGUCCUGACCACUGAUGGCUUCAGGUCCUACAUCCUGAUGCUGUACCAGGACGGAGGCAUGCAGUGGGACUACACCAGGCUCCCUUCCACCAAUGUCCUCAUCGGCUACACCAGUGGGGACGGCUUUUACUACAACGAUGACCUGACUAGGAGACCUCCUGCUGCUAAAUAUCGCCCUGACCAGUUCAGGGGCUACAACACAGAUCUCCGUGGGUUGUGGAUUUACAAGCUGGAGAGCCGCGUGGGCAACAACUACCGGCUGAAGUGCCUGGCGUGGACGGGGCAGCAGCAGGAGCCCAGGGCAUGGAGCCAGGGCCUGCCCACCUGCCCCUGCUCCCUGCAGCAAGGGCAGCAGGACCCACGCUUCAAGAGCAGCCGUGGAGGCAAGUGGGGUGCCCGUGUCUCCAUGCUGCACUCGGCCUCUCCCAACCAGCACGGCGCCGGCGUCCGCUGCCUGUACGACAGCCAGAGCCAGCUCAUCGAGGGGCGGCAGGAGCGCUACUGGAGGCCCUCCAGGCAGGCGUCACCCUACCGUGACCAGGAGCUGAAGCUGUACGACUGGUGCUGUAACCGGGCGGGCAGUGCCCAGCUCUGCGCCCGCUACACUGAGAAGAGGCCGAAGAUCGGCUGCGAUGGAUACCAGUCACCCAGCAUGGAUUCCUCGGAGGAGGCAGAGAAUGACUCAGAUGAGCAGAUAGAUGGAGAGGACAAGUAACUGGGAGGUUGGACACCCGCAGCACAUUCUGGGCCAUGGCUGACCCCCCAAGUCCUUUGAUCUGCUCUUCCCCUGUGUCCCCCCAUGGCACCCAUCACCCCUGCCCACCACGCAGGGCAGCUCACUUGGCCAGUGCCUGCAGUUGCCUGCCCUGGCACGGGUUCACUUUUCUAACCCAGACUCGUCACAACGAUUCAGUUGCUUUAGUUGCCCCUUCCCAGUUGCAGCUGGGGGGCAGAACUGGUGGGGAGGUGGGCAGGUACCCCCCACUGCACGCACCACCCUCGUCCUUCCUACAUCCCACUGUGCUCCCGUGCUGCAGGGUGAGGCUGGAUCCCUGGCACCCACGCAAAGGGUUAAACACCACAUACGGGUCGAGUGUGGCCAAGCCCUUAAAUACCAGGGUGCACCAGGCUUGUCCUGUGAGGAGUCCUGUCUUGUCCCCCACUUCUGUUUCCCAGCCAUCCCUCCCUGAGUGGUCCCUGGGCCCUGUGCUCAGCAGAAGGGACAAUUCUCCAGAUCAAGCCAGAAUCAGAUUAAUACAUCUGCUGGGUGUGUGAGGGCAAAAUGUAACCCCAUGAUCAGAAAUGUUGGAAGAAAAAAAAUCUUUUCGUGCGUAAGAGAGCAUCUUCCUUUCUUAAAAAAAAAUUAAAUCAUUGUCAAAUCUUGUUUGUUCAAUAA